AUGCACUCGCCAACUCCAGCACCAAACCCGACCAGCCCGCCACGACCCUACCACUCCGAACACCACCCGGACCCCCCGCCUCACGAAUACACCAACUCCCAAACUACCAUCCUCUCCGCCGCGCUCCGCCACGUCCCGACCCACGGCUUCACCCGCGACGCCCUCACUCUCGGCGCCCGCGAUAGCGGCUUCCUAGACGUGUCGGUGCAAUUGCUCCCCCGCGGAGAGUUCGACCUGGUUCUGUUCUGGCUAGCAAGUCGUCGAGGAUUAUUGCGCGCAAGUGUGGACAAUGGGCUCUUCGAAAAGGAUGAGCGGGUGAAGGCCGGACUGAAGUUGUCCGUGGAGGAGAAGACGAAGCUCUUGCUCAUGGAGAGGUUGAGGAUGAACACCGAGAUAAGACAUCAGUGGCAGGAUGCUCUGGCGCUUAUGUCGCUGGCGGGUAAUAUCCCUCUCUCGUUGUCGGAGUUGCAUGCGCUUUCGUCGGAGAUCUUGACGCUCGCUGGUGAUGCUUCGGUCGAUGCGUCGUGGUAUACGAAGCGGUUGUCUGUUGCGGCGAUUUAUGCUUCGUCGGAGGUGGUUAUGACCCGGGAUCAGAGUCCUGGUCUUUCUGAGACGGAGGCGUUUGUUGAGCGGCGUGUCGAGGAUAGUGCUGCCAUUGGGGAGAAGCUGACCGGAUUCAAGCAGUGUUUAGGGUUCGUGGGGUCCACGGCUAUAGGGCUGGGGAGGAGCUGGGGAUUGAAGAUUUAAUGGGUGGCCCUGUAUGAUUUGUACUAUUACUACAUCCGGUCUUGGUGGGUGUUUCUAUACUUCUAUUAUG